GAUGUUUUCUUUGGAGUUAAAUUAUUCAGUCAGCGCAGGUUAGUUGAUGAAGUGCAUAAGAACACUAUUUAAAAAAUAAUAAAUGCAUACAUGAACUUCAACAUAUAUUCACGAGAGAUUCUCUCACCAUACUUAAUUGUUUAUCUUCAAAACACUUUAUGAAGACUUCCUGUUAGACUCCAGAACCCAAGGUCUUUGGCUAAUCAGAGAUCCUUGUCGUUCAAGGGAUUUUGUCUACCAAAAGGUCGCUUCUUUCGUAGGCUGGAGUGUAGAUAACGUUAAACAAGAGACCUUACCUUCAGAGCUAAGUAACUGCGCCGUCCAAGAGGCCGUCCAAGGGAGACUUCAUUCUAUCGCAGGCCGGAGCGUAGAUAGCCUCCAACAGCCUGCCGUCCAAGAGCCUCGCCAUCCGACUUCACCUACCAAGAGGGAUUAUUUGCCAAAAGUUUGCUUGUUUCCCAAAGGUACCAUUCCUUGUAGGAGCUGCGCCAAUCAAAGAACCUCGCCGUCGUAGAAAUUUCGCCCACCCAAAGAGCUUUUCUACUGUAAACCGGUACUUCAGAUAUUAUAAACUAGGAUAUCUUAUUGACUAAGCGACCUCGACGUCCGUCGGCUAUCUCAGGGCCUUUACCAUGGCGUCUAACGGCUCGUCUAUCUCGAGCUUCUCGAACUAUUGAAAGGCUGUGUUGUCUAAAGAGCCUUAGCUUCUAAUGAUACUUGGCGGUCCAAGUAGCCUUAACCUCCAUUCUGAUUCGCCAUGGACCAUGAAUAUUCCACUGGAUCUAAAAGCAGAAUUCAGAGCUUCAUGUAACUGUUAAAAUAACCUGUUGGAAAGGCCGGAACAUCACCAUCUAAGAGGCUACCAAGACAUCUCGUCUAUAGUAAAACUUAUGUCCAAGAUACCACGUCCAUCAAAGGGUCAAGUUUGCCAAGAGUCUUUGUCUUAAGGCCUAACGAAUAUAGGCUUCGUCUAUUAUGAAACAUUGUUAUCCAAAAAACUUUAAACCUUCAUUCUCCCUCGCGACGGGCAUUAAGAAUUCCACAGGAUCUAGGAGGAGAAUCAGGAGGUUCUUGUAACUACCACGCGGGUGUUCAACGAACCAACAUUUUAUCCUGAGCAGCUCACUGACAGCUUGCUUGCAUUGAAAAAGAAUCAGAAAAGGUUGCUAAACACAGCAGGCCGUGUAAACAAUCUCCCAGAGCCUGUCACGAUCAAAGUAAGCGACGUAACACCGAGUAACGCCGUAUCGUCUCCGUCCUGUCGCACCAACCGUAGUCAUUCGCUUGUUUUCAACCCCACAACCGUUCGGCCAUUAAGAAACCCCACCAUGGAAGAAACUUCCGAAGAAAGCCUGCAGCAACACUCCAUAUCGAGUGACUUCUUCCUGCAGCACAUCGAUUGCUCCAAGCUGCAGGCAGCAUUUACACCGCCUCGCAAAAGCACCCGCUCUCCGCUCUGGCCACUGAUGGAGCGUAAAAUACGGGACCGCGAAAACACCGACCUGCAGGUGCACAUCGACGACACGCUUAUCCACUGUCACCUGCUACCCCUGCAAUGCUUCAGCGAGUACUUCGAGCAGGAAGUUCAACCAGGCCAGGCGGUAGUGAAGCUGCCCGCCCACCAGGUACCGUCCGCCGCCUUCCAAAUCGUGUACGACUGGAUCCUCGAUCCGAACCGCCAGCUCGAGUGGGAACAUUUCGUGAGCGUACUGUCGGCGGCCGAGUUUCUCCGCAUGCCGGCCCUGAUCGAACGAUGCUGGCAGCAUCUGGACAGUCCGAAGGUGGUUGAAAAUGUGGCGUUCUUUGUGUUUCUGCAGGCGCGCAAGUUUCGCACCGUCCAGCUGCAGCCGAUGAUGCUGCGGCGGAUCUGUCGCUUCUUCCUGAGCCUCGUCAGCACGCCUGAGUAUUGUGAACUUUCGCUGGACGAGCUGUCCGUGCUGCUGGGGUCCAACAUUAUCGGGGUGUUUGACGAGACGGACGUGCUGUACGCUGCGUGCCAGUGGCUGCUGUACGAUUGGAGCGCCCGGAAGGAUAAGGUCGAGUGUGUGAUGCAGCUGGUACGGUUCGAGCGUAUGCGGGCUGGCGAUCUGGCACGGUUCUGCGUGUUUCAGGAGUGUGCCGAACUGCAGCCCAUUCUGCGCCAUCCGGCCACGAAGGAGCUGGUUGAUAGGGCGCUUGCAUCGAUCUGCUCACAGCGGCAGGAUGCGGCCGGUGCUACGAACUCGGGCCCGGAUGGAAGCGGCAGCGGUUGGAACAUUGCGCCACGCUUGCCCACGGAACGCGUCCGGCUGAUUCCGGACACGGCGGAAACGCUUGCGUUUGUCGCCGGAGACACGAGCUACGAUGGGUUCAAUGAGUUCCUGUACGUGCUGUGCUCUAAACCUGGCAUCUGGCAAACGUUCCGACUGUCGGAGGAUAACGUGGGCCUGCUGCAGGACAUGUUUGGCGAUUGCUCGUUGGCGACGAAUUAAGCGAAGCUUCAGGAUUGACUAGUGAGGGCCUUGGAGCUGAGGAACGUGAAGAAAUUCUGAGCUGGUGUCUAAAUUUAGCUGGUGAAGCUGGUUCUGUUUUGUCGAUUGAGGUUUAAUUUUUGAACAUUUUACUAUCCCUUCUAAUAAACGAAGGAGUUAAUAAGGCGUUAACCUAUUCACAAAUUAGUUAGAAAAAGCUUACUUACUUACUUAUCAGGCGCUACAACCGCUUUGGCCUGCUGCAACAAUCCUCGAUACCGCUCGCACGGUUUAGCGCCGUCGU